UCAAUGAGUUCUUCCUAAUAUAGGUAGACCCCAAUUAUUUUAUGUAAAAGAUAAAAUCCAUUUCCUGUACAAGUAUUAUAAAAGUAAUACUUUUAGAGUAUCAUUCUAUUCGUGCUCUUUACGUAUGUAUCAAUUGGUAAAAAAUUAUAUCCUGUUAGGAUAUUUUUUAAUUGAAAGUUCUGUAUUUGUAACUUUCUUAAACUGUCAAAUAAAAUAGAUCGUUCUGCGUUAUAUAAUUUGCAGUGUAAUAAGAAAUGUUCUACUGUUUCUUCAACACGACACUCCUCACACAAUUUAGUGUCAGAUAUGCCUAUCUUAUAAAGAUGUUUGUUCAAUGGUAUAUAACCAGUUCUUAAUUUAAAAAUCAGUCUUUCUUUGUAUCUGGACAUUUUUGGUAUUUUUAUGUCAAAAUUAAUUUUUGGACUUAUUUGAUACAAUGCUCUAUCUUUCUCUUUAUCCCAUUCUUCUUGCCACAUUUUUUUCAUUAAAUUUUUACACAAUGUUUUAAAAUCAUCUUUGAACAACGGUACAAAGAUAUAAAUAUUUUGAAAACUUAAUGCCUGUUUAGCAUGAAAAUCAGCCAACUCAUUGCCUUGUAUUCCUAUGAAAUGGUUUUUACCCUUACAUUAUGUAGUUAUGUCAUAAUUGAUUUUUUUAUGAUUACUCAUUAAUGUCAUGGAUGACAUAUUUGUUCAAUAAUUAAGUGACCGUGAAUGACCAGACAUUGAGUUUUAACUAAUUAGGAAUUCGAAGAUUUAUAAAUAAAGCAAACAUACACAGACACAUUUGUGAGUUUGAGAGGUACUUGUGUCCAGAUUUAAAAGAUGGGUCAUAACGAUUUCGGAAGAUUUGUAGUAUUGAGUCUGACGUUCGGAUGUUGCUCCAUCGUAUUUUACGUCUUCACACAGCAGGAUGUAAUAAUACACAAAUUUGCGAAAAGCUACUUAGUGACUAUAACACAUUCUUCAAAUGAAACACAUUUCACAGGAAGAAACAAUUAUAAGAUUUCUGAAAAGCCGUUAAAAUUACAAAAUAUUAGUACAAAAUCGAUCAACACUUAUGUAACAAUGAAUUUUAAAGGUCGUCUAGGAAACGAAAUAUUUGAAUAUGCAUCAUUGUAUGGUAUAGCUAGAUAUAAUCAUAUGAUUCCUGUCGUGGACGAUAAAUUUCGCCUAAGAAGAAUUUUUAAGAUAUCUCUCACUUCAGUGAAACCAUUGGCAAAUAUCAAACGCUUCAAAGAGGCGAAAGCAUGUGCAUUUGACGAAAAAGCUUUCGUCUUGGACAGGAAGUAUAAUUGGACACUUUCAGUAUACCUUCAAAGUUGGAAAUAUUUUAUUGAAUAUAGUGAUGAUAUAAGGAAAGAAUUACGUUUUCAAGACGCUAUACAGGCUCAAGCGGUGCAAAAGUUUAAUGAAAUUGUGAAAUCUAGAAAUGUAACAGACAAAAACAAAUUAACAUAUAUAGCGGUUCAUGUUCGCCGAGGAGAUAUGCUGAAUAAUAAACCUAAUGUCAAUUUAGGAUAUACAACCGCAAACGUUAGUUACGUGAAUAAUGCCAUGUCAUGGUUCAAGAAAAAGUAUCCUAGUGCCUUUUUCAUUUUUGCCUCAGAUGACAUAGCUUGGUGUAAAGCUAAUUUCAAUAAACCAAACACUGCAUUUAUAACUCAAAGGAAUUCUGCAGAGGUUGACAUGGCAAUACUUUCACAGUGUAAUCAUUCAAUAAUUACAACUGGAACUUAUGGAUGGUGGUCAGCUUGGUUUAGUGGCGGUCAAACUAUAUAUUAUAAAGAUUUUCCAAGGAAAGGAUCAGGACUCGACAAAUUGUUUGAUGCAAAAACUUAUUUUCCACCAAACUGGAUAGCGAUGUCACAUUUAUGAUAAAAUUGAGAAUGGAAACGCUGUAUGCGUUAAAGGGUUAAAAACCCGAAAAAAAGGCCACCUAUGGGUCUUCAAAACUGCAUGAAUAUCCCGCACCCGGCGGCGGGCUUCAGCUUUUAUUUAUUAAACUAAACAUUGUUAUCUGUUGAAUAUGUGUUAUUUUCCGUAUUUAAAAUAGAAAAAAAACUUCAAAAGAACAAACAAUCCAGAAAAGCAGUUGCUACUAAUGGGUGGUUAUUUUAGAAUAAGAAAAAGGCGGUUUUAAUAAGACCGGAGGACAAACUACAUUGUCUACCCUUUGAAAUAAAAUAUUAUGGGUUAUU